GAAUCAAUAAGGAAGUGCAACCGAUGGAUGAGAAACGACGUAACGUCUUCUCCUUUGCCUCACCGUAAACCCGUCAGAUUUAACCGGUUCUUCCCCUCAGGACGGUCCCCGGUAACUCACCUGUCGUCAUGGCAAUGUCCAUGUUCCAGAAGGUGACCCUCGCGACGUGUCUCGUGCUGUGCGUCGCGCUGCUGAUGCCCAAAAUUCUGCUGUCUCGCGGGAGGAAGGAUGGUGCGGAUCGACCGGACGGUGGGGGUAACUUUCCUCCUAAGGUAAACCGUCAGGCGGCCCCUGAGGGUCGGGGUCAGAAGUCGGCCUCCAGCUUCUCCAGAGCUCAGAACACCGAGGCCAACGCCCGGGCCAAAGGAGCAGGAACCGGGGCCGGGACGGGGGGGAAGUCCAACCUGGCCGGACAGAUCAUCCCCGUGUACGGCUUCGGGAUCUUACUCUACAUCCUCUACAUCCUGUUUAAGAUCACAUCUAAGGGCAACAACAACAACAAGCCGGCAGAGAGCCGGUUCCCUUCAGUUCGCUCAGAGAACAUAAAGAGGAAGAUCUCCGACUUUGAGUUGUCGCAGCUGCAGGACAAACUGAGAGAGACGGAGAUGGUGAUGGAGAACAUCGUCUCCUACGCCAACCACAGCUCUGACAGGGUGGCGGGGGUGACGGCGGACCAGGAGGAGAGUCUCCUGCAGCAGCUGACGGAGAUCACUCGGGUGAUGCAGGAGGGCCAGCUGGUGGAGGAGAUGACACCAGAGAAGAAGAACCAGGAAGACUGGGAAGAUUAUCCCGAGGAGCCUCAGCAGCAGUGGGAACAUCCCUCACACUGCUCCUGUCAGCAGCACCAGACCGCGGAGGAGGCGGAGAGGACUCAAGCUGAUGGAGCCGACGUGGAAAACCUUCCUGAGGACGUUACAAAGGGAGCAGAGGAUCCGAACGCAGAGAGAGAAUCUGAUCCAGCAGCAGUGAGAGGAGAGGAGGCGGAGCUACAGAGGGAGGAGGUGCCUGAACACAAGCAGGGAGCGGGGGGGAUCGACCUGGGCGUCCCGGAGGAGGAGCUGGGCGGAGUCCUGGAGGAGCUGGAGCUCACCCUGAAGGUGACCACGCUGAUGGAGCAGGAGAAGAUGGACGACCUCAGCAGGACCACGGAGACGGAGACUUCCUGCAGCUCCGUCAGGCGCAGGAACAAGAAGAGGAGAGCCAAGAAAGCCUCACACUGACUUCUUUAAAACUGUUCUGUGCUCCCACCCUAUUUACUUGAAUACAAGAGAACGUGUAUGCAGGGCAGCUUUUAAUGAAUAUCAGCUUUUACUGGCUAGAAAAGUAGAGAUAAAUGUCUUAAAGG